CUUUGUUAAACGGAAUGACACUCAAAUCACAGCAAUGCAGCAUGCACUACUGAAUGAAUGGCACAUAUCCACUACAAGUUUACAAUUAAGUUUGGUUAGUGUUUUAUGCCUUCUCAUGCACCGUGAAGUGAAAUAAGUUAAUAGUUGUGCAUACAUGUCUUGCUUUACAUCUGAAAUGUCGUGUGCUUAACCCUGAGUUUUCUAAUGUUUUAUUGCUGAUUCAAAGGAUGUUGUGAACUACUUGCUUUAUGCAGUUAGGCUGCACUAUUAAGGUGAGGAUGUUUUGGAUGAACAGGUAAGAGAAUAUGAUGGGCAAGGUUGUUGCAUCACAGAUGAUUGUGCAAGGAAUCAGCCUGGAAGAUUGGAAGGAAAUGACAGUAAGUUGGCUGCGCUGCCUUGUGAGACUUGCAGCUCCUUUGGACACGGAGGGGUUGGAAAAAGAUCAUGUGCAAGCAAUGCAAGAAAGAAAAGCUCUUCACACAUUACUGGCAAAACGGCAAGAAGAUCUCCCUCCUAGAAGAAUGAAAGAUAGCUACUUGGAAGUUCUUCUGCCUCUAGGAAGCCAACCUGAAAUACGAGAGAAGUAUCUGAAUGUACACAACAGUGUAAGGUUUGGAAGAAUACUUGAAGAUCUUGACAGUUUAGGAGUUCUUAUUUGCUACACUCACACCAAGCAGGAAAUGCAGCCGAGGUCUCCCUUAUCCAUAGUUACAGCCCUGGUAGAUAAAAUCAAUUUGUGCAAGAAAGUCAUAUAUCCGGACUGUGACAUCAAAUUUACAGGCAAUGUUUCUUGGGUUGGGAAGACCUCAAUGGAAGUGAAGAUGCACAUGUUGCAGCUACACGAUGGUGAUUACAGCCCUGUGUUAGAUGCAACCUUUGUCAUGGUGGCCAGGGAUCCAGAAAACAAACGGCCAGCCUUUGUUAAUCCACUUGUUCCUGAGAGCCCUGAGGAAGAAGAAAUCUUCAAGCAAGGAGAAUUGAACAAGUUGAAGAGGAUUGAUUUCAGCACUGCUUCCUUACUGAAAAUGGCUCCCACUGCAGAAGAAAGAAAUGUCAUUCAUGACAUAUUCCUUAAUACACUGGACACAAAGACAGUAAGUUUUCGGAGUCGUAUAUUGCCACCCAAUUCAGUGUGGAUGGAAGAUGCAAAGCUAAAGGGCCUACAGAUUUGCCAUCCUCAGGAGAGGAACAUCUUCAACAGGAUCUUUGGGGGCUUCCUAAUGAGAAAGGCAUUUGAACUGGGAUGGGCAACUGCUUGCAGCUAUGGGUGUUCCAGACCUUUUAUUGUCUCUGUUGAUGAUAUCAUGUUUCAGAGGCCAGUUGAGGUUGGAUCCUUAUUACUGCUUUCUGGACAGGUCUGCUACACAGAAAAAAACUACAUCCAGGUUCGAGUCCACAGUGAGGUUUAUGAUGCAGAUACCAGAGAGCACCACACAACCAACAUCUUCCAUUUCACAUUUAUGUCAGAGAACGAGGUCCCACGUAUUGUCCCCAAAACGUAUGGAGAGUCCAUGUUGUACUUAGAUGGGAAGCGACACUUUGCUGCAAUCAUGAAAGAAAUCUGAGAGGCACCGAGUGCUGUGUCAGCUGUGUAAGCAGCAUAAUGGCUUGGAAGGAACUGUCUGUGAGCCAUCUCUGGGGACAUGUGCUUGCAGUUCCGAAAACAAGCAAAGCAACUUCCCGCUCCUUUUCAGUGCUGUUUAUAUAUUUGCACAUAAAUGGCUUUUGUUUUAUUCUCUGCUCUUAGGAUUUGUUACAAUCUACUUUGGCACAUCAGUUCUGUUAGGAAACAAGACUGAAAAACUUUAGGUAGAUGGCUUCUGUUGACUGCUUUGAAAGAUCUCGUUACCCCCCCUUGCUUGUCCCCAUCUACCUUCUUUCCCUUGGUAGCUCCCUUUUGUGUUUCUCUGAGAGGGGAUGGAAUUUGUUUCAGAAAAAUAUCUGCCAUCAGUAGAUACACACAGCUGACUUGUAUUUGCAUGUAAAUUAGGUUUAAGGUAUUCUUUUUGAGGAAGGACACAGGCGUCUGGGCAGCAGCAGAAGCUCAGAAGUUCUAAGUGUGCACGGUGUCCAAGCAGGUGUUUUCAAUCAGUUGGGAUUUUACAAGACUGUUGCAGCUUCUGGUUUGGAUGGUUUCCUGUCCUCAUGGGAAGAGUUCUUCUGUGAUGAGGUAGCUGGAAGGUCUGUUCUGAUGUUCUAGUUUCAUACAGCUGGUCCUGUCAGCCUCUUUGAAAAACUUUUUUUUUUCCUUUGCUGUAACUGCAUGCUAGUUCUUGAAUGAACGAUUUCUUACUGCCUGUAGAGUUCUGAUUGGUGAGAUUGGAUAAGGCUGGGAAAUGGUAUUGUAAAGCAGAAUGCUUUGGAUUCUUAGGGCUUGGAGGCAGAGAAGUUCUUUAAAGGGCUUUUCCACUUGCACGCACUCGUUGGCUAUCAGUCUUGUGCUGGUAUUUAGCCUUAGAUGGAAUUUGCCACCCACUUUGGGCUCUAUUCCCCCCCUCAAAAAUAGGAAUGGCUGUGUCUGAUUGAUGUAAGAAUUAUAUGUGCAGAGGAUCUGCGCUAGCAGAUGGGUGAAAAUGAUGUGACAACACAGAUGGAUGAAACAAGUUGACAAACUAAAUCAGAGGGUCGUGAUUUUUAUUUCAGUGUAAAAAAGAUUUAAAGAUUUAGGAGCAGCUUUCCUUGAUCCUAGAGGAAUAGUGUGAAGUUAAUGGCUCUUAAAACUGAUUGCUUUUUCUGUAAUGAGACUACUACAAUAAUGAUGUUACACAUCUGCCUUUUCUUUCUAAGAAUUUGUUGCCUGUAUUUAUAGGCUAGGCAGCUUUCCAUUGGCGGAACCAGGGCUGUUAUUUCAUCUGGUUGGAAUUAAUGCGCUGCAGAGAUAACAAAUUCCUGGCUCCUUAGAUUUUUCUCUUUGGUUGCUGAUUCAUAUAUCAGUUAUUUUCUUUAACGGUUAAUGCCACUGUGGGUAUGUAUUAUAUUUUCUGUUUUCCUUAUUUCUAAAACUCUUUGAAAACUGAAUAUACUUGACUGACCACACAAGUAGAGAACUGAAAUUCUAUCCCAGCUUCUUUCUUCCACGCUGCCUAUGUCACUGCUCUGUAUUCAGAAAUAAGCAGGAAUGCAGGAUAUGGAGAGAGAGCUUUCAGAACCAUUUUAUUGCUUCUGACUAUCUGCAAGUUUUUAUCAUUGAUCCAGUGGUCCUACAUGGCUUGCAUCUGCAUAGCAAUUGUAAGUUAAGGGGGCACCAAAUUGUUCCUUUGCCUUUUCUGUUUUAUUUAAAUAUGAAGUUAUCAUCAUUUCUAAAUUCAGCUUCUGGGAGGGGGUGGGAGAGAAGAAAAGGAGAUGGCAGAGUCUGAAGUGAAGCAGGAUGGGUGUGUAAUAGUUCAUGAUAACCAUUUACUGCAAUCACAGUAGUUAUAAAGAUAUAUUUACAGCUAUGCAGACCUCGUGUGUUUAUAUAUACAUAUGUAAAACAUGUAAAAUGCAUCUUUUACUAUAUAGAAAUAUAAUUUGUUCUUGCAUGUUUUUAGUCUGCGGCAGUAACUCCACACUGUCACCCUCUUUGAAAAUAGGUAAAUGAAUCUUGGUUCAAGGAACAUUAUUUAUGCAUGUCUCUGUGUACCUGUGUAUAUGAGAUGAAAAUUAUUUGGUUUUAGAUCUUGCAUUGAGAAUAAAAACAUUUUACCAUAGUAAUUAAUGCUAAGUUUGUAUUGGAGCCUAAUGAGCAACCCCUUGCUGGACUUGGUCUAGAGUUAUUAAUUGAAAAUCUUUGUACUGAUAGCUAACAUAUCUGGCUGGAGCUCUAUAGCAGGAAAUAGAUGUUUCAGUGCUGUUGUGCCAUGGAGUACAGAGAGGAGGGGGGCUGUGGGAGCUGGAUGGCCUCCUCUCUGCCCUUCUCAGUUAAUGUUGUUGUAGAAGGAGAACUCUGUGAUUGGCUGAAUGCCCAAAAAGCACUUUGUUUUCAGUGCCUCUAUUUUUCUGUGUUUAAAAAACAACCUUCCUGUAACAGCUUCUGGUAGCACCUCUUCAAAUAUUUGUGAUACUGUGGCAGCUAAGUUACAAUGUAAACCUGCUGCAGCUCAUAAAGCACUGACCAGUGAGUGAGGGAUUUAGUUCAGAAACUACCUCUAAAAUCACUGCGUGUCUGAUUGCUUUUGCUGUAUGUUCAGCCUUUAGUGACAGAUUGGUUUGUUGGUCCUCCUCUGAAUGCAUUUUAAAGUUGGUGUGUGAGACAGUACUGCUUCACCAGCUAACAGGAAAAGAAGGGAGUAGAGGUCUUGGCCCUGCAUCUGGGCAUGACACGUUCCCAGGUAUGCUAACAGGACCGUGGGCACCCCUAACUAAGGGCAGGAACCAGCCUUGCAUGUAGAAGAGGCAAGUGGGUUUCCAUACUGCCUCAGCAUUUCAUUAGUAUGAAUGAGUCAGAAUGAACUUCAGAUGUUUAAUUGCAACUGCCUCUGCUCUGCCUUUGUCAACUGCAGACCACAUUGACACUGAUAUAUGCAAACUCUACUUAUUUUUCUUGGUUUUGCUGGAAGAUCUCCAAACCUCCACAUGCUGGCUGUAUCAUGCUAAGUGUUAAGCAGUCACCCCAGACUCUGAAGUAGCUGCUAUCACAGCAUCAUCCUUAGUUACAUGAUUGAUUUAUUGCUAUUUUACUGCAUUUAUCAGGCAGGUAUGUAAUAUGAAGAACAUAAUCCUUCCAGCAAAUGUCAGUGCAGAGUAGAGCUGUACACUUUCAAGAGCUUUAUCACUCUGUUCACAUGCUGUUAGUUUAUAUUCUGCUUUCCGUCACUGCUUCCUUGAUGUUUCCCUAGAGAUAGGGGAACCGUUGCCUGGAGUGCUCUGAGUUGUUUCUCAUGCUAUUGUACGGUGGAGGGCGAUACAGAAAUCAACUGAUGCCAUUAAAUGGCAUGUGGUGGCCCAGAGUGCUCUGAAAUAAAGUUCUCAAUAGAUUCAUUAGAAGGGCAGUGGCUUUAGUAGGCAACAAUAAGCAAGACUCUCAGCUUACCUUUCAUUUUAAAUCUCUGCAAAUCCUAAGAAUCCCAAAAUGUUCUUCAGUGUUUUUUUUUCUCAAGUUUCCAAUAUUCUUUCAUUCAUGGAACUAGCUGCCAGCUAUCAUCUCUCUCCCCUCAAACACCGAUGUGUCUGUGUUUUUUUAUUCAGGCUUGUCUUUCCUCAGCUUCCCUGCCAGCAUACCCAGAUCUCUUUGUAGAACCCCAUUCUCUUUCCAUGGAAAUAGCAUUUCAAGCCUGUAAUGUAAUAUGGGGAGUCAAACCUUUGCUUAAGGGCUAUUUCAUAGAAUUGUUGGAAGGGACCCUUGAAGUGCCAUCUGGUCCUACUCUCCCCUGCAAUGAACAGGGACACCUACACUUGAUCAGGGUACUCAGAUCCCUGUCCAUCCUGACCUUGAGUAUCUCCAGGAAUGGGGCAUCCACCACCUCUCUGGACAACCUGUGGCAGAGCUUUUUUUUUUUUUUUUUUCAGUAAACAUUCUUGAUCCUGUUUUCUCAGCUUGGGCUUUGUCCAGCUUUCCAUGUUUGCUUUUUGUUUGAUGCUGUCACUGUGAUCUGCUACAGCAAUAAAGCCUGUGGUUUUGUUUUCUGACUUGCUACUUACCUGGCUCAGCAAGGAGCGUGUAGGUGGGCACGCAUUCAAAACACGGGUGAUAGCUUAUUGCUGUUUUGUAACAUCUCAUUAGCUGCCUUAGUGUAACAGAGACUCUUGCUGCUAGCACUCGGUGUGAGUGAUCUGGCUGGAGGCAGGCAGGUGUUGCUGGAGAGCAGGGCACAGCUGCUACAAGCAGGCACAUAGCUGAAGCUUGUUUUAUGCCUUUGGCUGCUUAUGACCAGCCAUGAAUGACUGCACCUGCAUUAGUCACGCUGCCGUGGCCUGGAAAAUGUUGAUAAUAUUUUAGGUGCUUCAGGCUUGUCAAAGGCUUUAGGCAAAACCCUGAGUAAAAUCAAAUGG